AUGGGAGUGGGCAGAGCAGACAAGGAGCAGAAGAAGGGGGAAGGAGCAAAGGGUAAAAGGCCAGGCCGGCAGAAAGGGGGUCCAAUCUGGGGAAGUUCGUCACACACACGAAGCAGGAAAAGGCUUUCUUGCUGCAGCCGGGAACUAGUGACAAUAGGCACCUUUUUCUUUUCUGGGUGUUGCACGCGGCAAGAGGUAGAAUGCAGGAAACUUGGAAUGGCUUGUAGGUCUCAGGCUGGGAGUGAUGGAACUUGA